AUGGCGAGCGUGCGGGAGCCGCCACCCCGCCUGUCCCCCGCCAGCCCUGGGAUCACCACCAUGUCUGGCUUUGUAGAAGCUGACCUACCUCCGGGAUUUUUGCUGGGUUUGUGGGAUUGUCAGGACCUGGUUCUCUGCCUUAACCAUGUACUUUGUGUUACAGAAAUCGGCAUGGGCUUAACAGGGUUUGGAGUGUUUUUCCUGUUCUUUGGAAUGAUCCUCUUUUUUGACAAAGCACUUCUGGCUAUUGGAAAUGUUCUGUUUGUGGCUGGCUUGGCUUUUGUAAUUGGUCUAGAAAGAACAUUCAGAUUCUUCUUCCAGAAACACAAAGUGAAAGCCACUGGAUUUUUCCUGGGUGGUGUGUUCGUGGUCCUCAUUGGUUGGCCUUUGAUAGGCAUGAUCUUCGAAAUUUAUGGAUUCUUUCUCUUGUUCAGGGGCUUCUUUCCUGUGGUUGUUGGCUUUAUCAGAAGAGUGCCUGUCCUUGGAUCCCUCCUAAAUCUACCUGGAAUAAGAUCAUUUGUAGAUAAAGUUGGAGAAAGCAACAAUAUGGUAUAACAGCAAGGGAACUGAAGACUUUAAAUAUUUUAUUAUUUAUGAACCCUUUGAAGACUAUUCAGCACAAAGUUCAAUUUCACAAACUAGCUUGUAAAGUCCUUCAGAAGUUUAAAACACACACCCUCCAAAGUUCCAACAGUUCCGGCAGAAGCACUGACAGCAGGCUUGUGACCAGGUCAUCUGAGCGCAGCGGCUGGAGAGGGUGAAGCCUGUUACGAUGCUCAGUGACUUAGUGGCUUGCUGCAGCCUGAGCAACAGCCGUUACAGAGAACCGUGGUGUCUGUUACUUUAUUUUGUUUGUUUUUAGAAGAUUCAGGAACACCAGUAGGCAUUUGAUUUUUUUUUUUUUUAUUAUGUUUCCAGAUAUUUCUAGGUGUGCUGGGUCUCUGAUAAUGAUGCCUGAAUUGGAUUGGAUUAUGUCGUCUCCAUGUAUCAGCCCAAGGAAAGCCCAGUUUCAUGUGUGAAUCACUUUUUGUAAACAUGAAAAUAAAACUUUUGUGGUCCUUUUGAAUCUUAAUAUUUUGGAGCCAGAUAAAAAUCUGAACUAGAUAUUCUUUUUCAGAAUACACAGAGGUCAUUUUGAGCUGUUACUUCUCAGUCAUAGCUGACCAAGUGCUUUCUUGACUCUACAAUACUCUGGAUGCACAAAUCUCUUGAGUAUGUCCCGGGUGUGUUCGUACAGUCUGCUGCACACAGACGCCAAGCAGAGAGCAUUCUGACCAUGGAGUAGUCUGCUAUGGCGGCACACAGACGCCAAGCAGAGAGCAUUCUGACCAUGGAGUAGUCUGCUAUGGCGGCACACAGACGCCAAGCAGAGAGCAUUCUGACCAUGGAGUAGUCUGCUAUGGCGGGUGUUGGAAUCAGUUGUUGAGAUGCUAAAUGAUGCACAUCAGAUGGCUUUUCCCAUGUCAUGAUGUAGUUUUUCUUAUGGUUGUGUUCUUAUGAAAUUUGGCCACAGUUUCCUACCUUGAUUUCACAAUUUAUGAUGACAUUGAAGGUGUGUGACGUGUUAAAGGCAUGAUUCUGUGACUGUGAGAAGGGCUGCUAUUUCAUCUUAAUUUUUCCUCCUAUCUUCAGCUUUAUUGUAACACCCAAAAAGCAGCAAGCAUCACAUCUGCUUCCCCCACUAUUCUCCAUCUUGAGUUAGGAGGAAAGAUGCCCCAUUGACAUGCAAAAACUAUUACAUUAUAACUAAACUUGUGGGGUUCCUCAGAAGUGGGGAAUCUUGUCAUUCCCUUCCUUAUCUGGUCAUGGGAGCACUUCCUCAGAUGUAAUACUAUUUAUCUUACCACUAAUGAUUGAACUAUUUAUUUUUAACACUUCCAAUGCUUUUUAAUCCAGAAAAUCAUAAUUGAAAUUGUAUUUAUUUACAAAUGUCUUUCUGUGAGACAUUACCAUGUGUGUUGUUUUUAGUUAAAUUUCUUGGUGCCAGGAGAAUCCCCAGCCUUGCCAGUCUGCAGAAGGAAGGACUGGUUUGUAGUGGGAUGGCUCAUUCUUGUGGAAUACUGUCGUGUUUGGCACUUGCAUAUGGUGUAACCUGUGAAAACUCGAUAAAUGGAGAAUCCUACCUCAAUAGCUCAUGGGAUAAUGAAAGACCUGGCGCUGUGUCUGAUGUUCCUCACACCUUCCCUGGAAUCUCAGUGCUGUGCUUUGAGAGCUGACUCGGGUGAGAUGCCCUUAGACUCCUCUUAGGCUUUGGUCCAUAUGAUUUGAUAGUGGCUAAUGUCACUCUGUUAGAACAGGAGUCUGCCAUUUAAAUCCUUCCUCAACGUGACCCCAUCAAAGCAAAUGUCCCCUUUCAGCAGUCUGGUUUCAGAACACACUGGACUUGAGAAGAUGCCAGAAGCUCAUAGUUCCUUGUAAGGCAGAAGGCUGGGGUGGCUUUCAGUUUCAGGUGAGUUCGGUGGACCUGUGAAUGCUUGACUGCUAACCGCCACUGCACUUCUUAGUCAGAACCUCGAGGAGGCACUGUCUUUAAAACAAACCAGCCUUUUGACUUCUGGAAGCCCUAUUCUUAAGGGUUCCCUCACCCCACCCACUUCUAAAAUCAGCCUUUUGUCUUUGUGACAAAAAAAAAAAACAACCCUUUGGUUAUUCCCCCAGAUGGAGGAAAAGUUCCAGUACUCAGCCUUAAAUGUUUCUGUCAUGUUCAAAUGUGUCUUCUGUAACAGAAACAUGCCUGCAAUGUUGUCCCCUACAGUUCUCUGGAAUUCAGCGGCUUUAGAAGUCUCAUGGUCAAAUUCUAUACUCUAACAAUGGCGUAUUGUAAAUACACUUGUCUUACCUCAAUAAAAGGGUACUUUUCUAUU